CAGUCUACUUCAGGACUUCAGGUUGCCAUAAGUAAAACAUAGUUGAAGAUAAUCCAUAAAUAUAACAGGAUCUGGUAAAAUUAAAACUUCCAAAUACUAUAUUUAUAUUCUAUAAUAUAGAAUACUAUAGAUAUUCUCAAAAAUGGUUGACAACAUGUUCUUAAACAAAGUUUCACAUCUUGAUUGUAUUAAACAAAUGAAAGCCAGUGUUGAUUCGGCAAUCACAUAUGGAGCAAUUGUUGGAGCAACAACAAUUUUUUCUAGUAUUCUUGGUGGGCGUACGGGGCUUGUAGUUGGAGGUGUAGCUGGCAGUCUUCUAGCAGGUUACGCAGCGAGUGGAAAAUUCGAAUCUGUCUCAUACAUCCUUAUGCAUAAAUUAACCACAGAAGAAAGAGAGGAAUUGUUGAAAGAAAUUCGGAAUUAUCUUGUAUCACAUGGUACAUCAAUUCGUGAUUUUAUAUAUUCUGCAAGCACUUCACAGAAUUUACAGGAAGGAAUAAAAGCGAUAGUGACAUCUUUAUUGGUCAAGAAGGGUAUGACAGUAAAACAAGGUCAAACACAAGAAGCUAUAGGCUAUCGCUCCUACGCAGCCUUAAAGUGAUUGAUGAGGAUGGCAAUCAGCAAGCACUAUAUAAAUAUUUUUAUAUGAUACUACAAAAAAUUGUAUUAUUAAUAUGUUUGUAUCUUUUUAUGUGUGACUCCUAUAUGAAGUAAUAAACGAGUUUCUCAUCAUUACUACA